UGUCUUUGAAAAACUGUGUGGUGGAAUGAAAUUUUCAGAAGUUCUUUUCAAAAGGAAAAACCUAAUUAAUUAAAUAAGUAGACGAAGUAAUCUACGUAAAUUUUAAAGUUGGGUUAUCUCUGAAAGUAUUCCAAUAUGCCUGUGUCUGAUGAUAUUCAAUCUUCCUGGGCGGAUGAGGUAGAAAUUGAUCAGGGCGAACUUCCACCACCAUCAGAAGUUGUCGAAAAUGGAUUGAAAAUUGUUACAGAAUAUAAAUACGACAAUGACAACAAGAAAGUUAAGAUUGUCCGUACAUACAAAAUAGAAAAGCGAGUUGUAUCAAAGAGCAUUGCCAAGCGUAAAACUUGGAACAAGUUUGGUGAUUCUGCCAAUGACAAGCCAGGACCUAAUCCCGCUACUACAAAUGUGUCUGAGGAUGUGUUUAUGCAAUUUAUCACCAGCAAGGAGGAAGCCCAACGCCCUGACACUGGUGAUGCCCUUGAUGCACUUAAGGCCCGACCUACUGGUGUAUUGAUGAAAUGCCGUACCUGCCAAGGUGAACAUUGGACCUCAGGAUGUCCGUUCAAACACACAGAGCUGGCUCAAGCUAAGGCCAACGAAGCUGCUAAGGCUGCUGAGGCCAAGGCAGCGUCCAGUAACAAGUAUAUUGCACCGAACUUGCGCGAAGGUGCGGUGCGUACUACCGGCCGUGAGCCCCCAGGCGCGAGACGUGAUGAUGUAGCAGCCAUCCGCAUCUCCAACUUGAGUAACUUUGCCGUUGAAGCGGAUUUGGACGAUCUGGUCAAGGGCUUCGGACCUGUCCAGAAGUUGUAUCUUGCGAAAGAAAAGAGUACUGGACAUUGCAAAGGUUUUGCCUAUGUACAUUUCAAAUUCCGUGCCGAUGCUGCUAAAGCUAUUCAGACUCUGAAUGGUUAUGGAUAUGAUCACUUAAUUCUGAAUGUAGAAUGGUCCAAGCCUCCUCAAAACAACUAAGCAACAAUUUAUCCUUUGUAUAAUGUAAUUUUCAAAAUAAACAAAAAGUUUUAA